CUUUACUGCUCGAUAAGCAGCAGCGUUGGAUAGCUAGUAUAUUUUUUACUCAAGAUUAUUAAUUUAUACAGACACAAUAGCGCGAACUUGAAAAAUUAAAAGUAAUCAUAAUGAGUUAAAGGUUUUGAACACGAAGUAAAGGUGAUGUGAAAUAGUAUGAAUGUGAGUCUAUAAGAGUUGAAUCUAUAUUGUGGUCUUGGAUUGCGUUGGCAAGGUCGUGGGGUGGUUGCCAGUCAACCCAACCCACGACCCAACUGAUCGAAAAUGAGUCUCUCCCAUGAAAAUAGCACUUCUGCGAUUGUUUGUAAAGAGGUUUUUGAUGAAAAUUCUCAUCCAUCGGAGAAAGAGGUUUUCGAUUAUGCUCGACGUUUGGGUAUCGACCCCGAUACAGAACCACAUUUGUUGGACUUGGCUCGAGAGGGUUUAAUGGCUGCUCUUCCAAAAGGCUGGAGACCCAUUUAUGAUGAAGUAUCUAAAAACUACUAUUAUUACCAAAAAUCUACAAAAAUAACAACAUGGGAACAUCCACUUGAUCCAGUGUACAAAGACCUUGUGGCUCAGGCUCGUCUCGGUAUUGGCCGACGUCGGAUCAGCGUCGACUUUUCCGCAGACGAUGAUACACUGGCUGAUGCCGAAUCCUCUCGAAGAUCAAUAGAACCAUCAAGAGCUACACCUCCAACGAGUCUCAGUGGCUUACCUCCACCUGGACCUUCAGCUUUAAAAUCUCCAUCAACUAGAAUUCCAAUGAAACUUGCACCGCUGAAGCGUCAUCGAAGCGAGAGUGGAUCAAUGAUUCCGAGAAGAGCUGAAUCUUCUUUAGAUAGGUAUACUAGAGGUUGGAGAAGCGGAGAAUCAGUAGAACCUGAACCACGAAGUAGCAGUGCUAGAGUGUCACUGUCGAGUGACAGAGCAUCACGGGAUUACACGAAUUUAACUUUCAAAGAUCCAGAAUUUUAUGAAAAGCCGAAACUUCUUGAAUCCAAUAAAAGAAAAAGUGAUAUUCGCGAUGUCUUAAAACGAUCAGAAUCUUUAAGUCCUCGUCAUGAAAAAGACUGGCAUCAGUUGAAUAUCAAGCUUAGCUCCGAAAAUAUUAUUGAUGUUGAUAAACUGAGGACUCCUGACACACCAGGUAGUGAAUCGGCAGGAACUUCUGGUUUUGGUCAAGCAAGGAGGCAAUCUAAAGAGCUUACUCUCAGUGGUGGAGGCUCUAUAUUUCUGAAGAGUAAUCGUAGUCGUGAUACAACACCUUGCCAAGAUGACAAAAGAACGGAAACGGACUUUCAAAUCGCCACCACUAGCAGAGAGGGUGGAGGAGACUCAAUUGAUGACCUCUGUUCUUCGAUAGGUGAAAGACUUAAAUCCAUUCUGAGGGAACCAAAUAGUGAGCACGAUGAUAAACCUGUUGAAGAAGAAAGAAAAAGUGUACGUUUUGAUCUUCAAAAAGUGGCCAUCCAAACAGCAACAACAAAGUUUAACGAAAGUGGUUCAGAAGAGCAAGAAACUGAGGAAAGCGAUCCAGAUGACGGAGGAGUUGCUUCUCACAUGGCAGCCAAACGGGCAUCUCUGUUAUCGCUUCAGCAAGUUUUGAACCGACCAGGUGGUGUGGAUUUCCAGUCAGGUAGGUCCUUUGUAAAAAAGGUUGAUAUCGAGGCUAAUCAAAAGAAAAUUAUCGGAAAGCGUUUCAUCGUAGAAAAUGUAACCGAAUCAGAACAUUUACAACAGCAAGAAAAAAAGUCAAUGAACAAAUUAUCACCAAUGACAUUGGUAGAAAAAAAUCAAAGUAUUGAUUUAAUGUCAAAAAGUGAUUUUGAUAAUGAAUUUCGAAAAAAUGAAGAAGCAUUAUUAGACAGCGCAAAGAAAUUGGAACAAAAGACCAAUAAUGGGGAUAGCACUCCAAAAACAACUCAAAGUAACAUUGAUUCAAAUCAAUUUAAGGCUGAACUUAUUCGUAAACAUAAACAAGAAAUAGAUGACUUGAAACAAGAAUUAAAUGAAAAAUUAAUUGAAACUCGAAAAAUUUUAGAAGAAGAAUACUCAAAGCAGCGCCAAUCUUUAGAAAUAAAUAUGAAAUCUAAAUUAUUAGAAGUAAAGAAAGAUUUAGAACUAAAAGAAGAUGAAGAAGUGAAAAAAUUAAUUGCAGAUAUGGAUGAAGCUAGGGCUGAAAGUUUGAAAAAAAUAAAAAGUGAACUUGAAGUAUGUUAUGAAAAAGAACGUCAAGAUAUUUUAACAAAUCUAAAAGGUGAACUAGACCAAAGAAAACGUGAGUUGUUAGAACUCAGAUCUCAAGAGAUAUCUAAAUUAGAAACUGAGCAUGAAAAAGGUUUAGGCGAAGACAAACAAAUGAAAUUACAAGAGAUGGAAAUUAUCAAACAUCACAAUGAAAAAAUUGAACUUUUAAAAAAAGAACUUGAUAAAGAAUUUGAUCAACUUAGAACAGAGUUGCGAGCUCAGCAAAGAGAGAAAAUAGCUAAAAUAACCGAAGACCAUGAAAAAUCUCUUGCUGAUAUUCUUAGAGAUUUUAGAGUUGACGAAGGUCUUGCGAGAAAAGUCUACAAGCAACGUCUGGAAGAAGUUCGUGCAGAUUAUUCGAAGGAUAUCGAAAAUGAAUUGAAAAAGCAUCACGAUACUGCCAAUCGGCAAGAAAAUGUUGAAUUUGAAAAAAUUAGAUGCGAAAAAAGAUUAAUUGAAGAUAAAUACAAUACUCUAAAAGAAAAAUAUUUGAAACUCAAAAAAGAUAUGCGAGCGGCAAUUGAAAAAAGAAAUAGACGAAAAGAGUUGGCGCAGGCAAAUGCAACUGCAUCGGAAACUGAAAUAUCCACAUCAGCUAAGACGAGAACGGAGCGAACAGAGUCCUUGGAUCAAAAAUUGCUGUUAUCAAAGACAAACUCCAUGUCCAAAGAAAGUUUGGGAGGCUCAAAUGCAAACUCGAUGAAGGAACAGACGCUAUCGGAUCCUCUACAAUGUGAAAAUCUAUCUCAUAAAAGUCAGUCGUUAAAAUUUGAGUCGGAUGAUACUACGACGUGUAGCGAAACUACUUCAAAUUUAUUGGCAAUAGGUAUAAAGAAAAAAAAAUGCUUAACUAAAAAAACGAGCAGUGGGUCAAACAAAAUCAAUAAUAAUAUGACAGAUAAUCCUGUUGAGAAUAUAAGGAAACAACUCGAGCAACUUGAAGAUAUUGGUGAUCAUUUACCUACCAACGAUACAGCCUAUACGGUUCGAUAUCCAUUUCAAGAUAAAUCACCAACGAACGUAUCUUCAGAACUAGAAUUUUUUAGACAUAGAAUACACGUCGAAAGAGACUCAGUGAAAAGAGCUCGAGAGGCACUAAGACAACAGAGAAGUGCUUUUCAGAGUAGACAGAAGGCCUGGAAACAGCACAGUGUCAGAGCUACUCUCGAGCAGAUUGUUAAAGAAGAGCGUGAAUUGUCUGAUAUGGAGAUAAGCUUGCACCGAACCCGCAGUCUCUUGGGCGAAAAAGUUAUUCAUCUGCGACAUUUAGAGCAGUCACUGGAGCGCGUAGCAAAUACAAAACGGAAUGAGAAUGACAUGCAACAGAUAGCCCUGCAGCAACAACAGCCGACCAAGAACGACGAGAUCACAUUAAGUGAUAUGUCAAGCGCAAGCAGCGGUUUUAGCUCGAAUGAGCUGGGCUCGGAUACAUUUAUCGAAUCAACGGAAAUCAUAGCGAGCCUGGAAAAUCUUAACUCUGAAAUCCGCGAGAUAUGGGGCGUUUUGAACAAGCGCCAAGACAAUACUAUACCUCCACCGCCGAAUUUCAUGUCAUGGUUCCCAUAUCAGCAUUUGGCUCCGCAAUCAGUACCUGUAAUAGGCUUCGGAACACCAAAUAUUCAAUCAAAUAUUUUAUCUCAAUUGACGGCUAACCACCCUCCAGGAACGACCCAGAAUAUCAUUGCUCAAUAUGGACCAUCGAGUGGGUUCAGCACAAGCGUCAGUACAAUUGAAGGUGCAACUAGUUCAAAUCUCUCGGAAAGAACAAGAAAUCUAAAAGACUGGUUGCGUCAGGCACGCGUUGAAACAUCUGAUAUUGUUAGUUCUAGUCAAGCGACACUGUGAUUGUAAAGCAUUCGAUAGUCAAAUAGUUCUUCGAAAAUGAAAUAUCGAAAUUCUGAAUUAAAAACGGGGAUAUUGUGGCCUAAAGUGUACUUUUAAAAGUUAUAAUCAUCCUCUCAUUGUGAAGCAGAUUAUGUAAUUACUGUAAAUUCUGUUUCAAUAGAAUCAUAUGAAUUCAAUUUUGUGAUUAUCAUCAAAUUGUGAUUACUUGAUAAUUUUUCAUGUAAUUGUGAAAAAUUAUGAUUGAUCCAUUAUUAUCCUAAUAUUAGUAAAAAAAUAAUUAUUCAUUCACGAAAAUUUCGUGUUACUCGUGAAAUUAUUCUAUUUUCGAUUUUUAUGUCAAUGUUAUUUCCUCAGACGAAUUUGAAAUGUGAUAAAUAUGAUUGUUCAAGUACAUUUAACAACCACCUCAUGCAUGUCUUUAAUAAAAACAUCUAAGUACUCGUCGUUAUAAUUCAAGAUUUUUUAAUUACUCUUGGAUGAAGAUAUGUAUAUAAUUUUAUUUAAUCCUGUGCGACACAGAUAAUAAUACUCUAGCCUCACGUUUUUGAGUGAAGAGCUUAUCAUACGUCGUAAUAAGUAUGUGACAAUUUUUGUAAAUAGUACAAAUUACAUUUUUUACUUGUUUGUGAUAUUAAAAUAAACGUGAAAUGUUAUGAA